AUGAAUGGUCGGGGAGAAAGAUUCGCUGUGAAGCAUCAAGAAUGGCCCAAUCAGGCCAAGCUGCAGCAACUGCUGAUCACUGUCCUACCCGUGUCGUUGCUGCUGCUGGUGAUGAUAGUUGCUGGCCGCGUUUCCCCAGCAUCCAGGCAGCCAUUAGACAACGUUGGCAGGUCUACACAGAGGCACAGUGGGGCGGGGGUUCAGACGCAUGGGGUGGCACGAGCUGCUGGUGUGGCGGCGGUACAUGGGUUACUGAGCAUGGGGAUGGCAGCAUGUGGAUUAUAUGAAGGCGUGGCACGACAUGAGCUAUUGAAAGGGGUGAGAGGUGGGAGACGGGGACUUCAGGAACAGCUGGGCAGACCGGGCAUUGCAGACGGCCACGAGACGAACACCGGUGCUAUGAGCAACAGCAGUAACAUGGGCUCUGCUGCUGGUGGCAUCUCUGGUUUUCCUGCAGGCGCUUCUAAUAUCACCACUAGUGCCGGUAAUGAUACGAGUGGUGGUGGUGACAGCAGUGCAACUGCUGAAAGCAGUGUCAGUCCUCCUGGUAACCUUACUGAAGCUGGUAACGCCACAGCUCCCAGCAGCAGCAGCAGCAGCAGCAGCAGCAGUAGCAGCAUCACGCCUGCACGCAAUAACACUGUUGCUGGCAACUUGACCAGAAGCGGUAACUUCAGUGGGGCUGCUGGCAAUGGCACGGAGGGGGGUGCGGUGCGGUACUUCACGGUGGGGCAGGAGGCGUUCGUGUGGGGGUCUCCUCUCGUCACCUUCUUCCGCCAGCAGGCCACCCGUGCUGCCCUCAACGCCUUCUCUUUUGCCAACACCACUGCUGUCGGCACCACCAACGUGGCUCUCCCCAAUGUGGACAUGGUGUAUGGCGGAGCCUUCCCCGUUCCUCCAAAGGUUCAGGAAACCACCUUCCCACUGCACGCCUUCCCAAUGUCUUACUGUUUGUCCCCUCUCACACCACCCCACCCAGACGUGGCUCUCCCCAAUGUGGACAUGGUGUAUGGCGGAGCCCUCCCCGUUCCUCCAAAGGUUCAGGAAACCACCUUCCCACUGCACGCCUUCCCAAUGUCUUACUGUUUGUCCCCUCUCACACCACCCCACCCAGACGUGGCUCUCCCCAAUGUGGACACGGUGUAUGGAGGAGCCUUCCUCUACCUGCGAGACCAGCCCAUGGUGCUCAAGACCCCCUACAUGGGCCAGGGCCGUUACUACAGGGCCGCUACUACAGGUGAGGGCCGCUCUGAAGGGGUAUGGUGCUGCACUGCUACUGUUGAGACGUCUCAAGAGCCCUUGUCUACCUACAUACCCCCUACGUGGGCCAAGGCCAACACAAAAGACCUACUACUCAAAUUUCAGUGUGAACGGUCCAACCCACUCACUCUCGUCCAACCCCGUCCUUCCUCCCUCCCUUGUCUUGGCAGCAUCGGAUUCUUCCAGGACUACUGCUCGGAUUUCUGUGUGAACAGCAGCCGGGCCAACGGGCCGGGCCCCAACACGAUUCAAGUGUGA